CCCCCAGUCCCUGAAAUCAGAGCUGGAGGUCGAGGAUCCUUGUGAUUUUUUUUUUUUUUGUUCAGCUUCUCUGAAGUGAAUCGUUGUUUCCCCCACAUUUCAGAAAUUCCAUUCUCCCCUGCCUUGAGCUUAACGCUAACUGUAACACAUAAACAUUCCAUGUUUAAAGAUUUUAAGAGUUUGUGAGCAGUUUGUGACUGGCUGCAGGGAGGAGACAGGCCUAGGCUCCUCCCUCAGGGAGGAAGCACUCUCUCGAGUUCAAAUUUCAUCCUAACUCCUGUUCCUCACAAGGCUGCAGUGCCUCUGUCUCUCUCUUUCUUUCUCUCUCUCUCCCUCCGUUUCUCUCCAUCACCAACAUGGCCCUCUGGUCUAUCUUCCUCACGCUUAUCUUGGCCGGAGGGAACAGUGCCCAACAGCAGGAGCAAGGUCAUACCCCACUGGAGUCGUAUGAUCGCCUGUUCAGCGCUGCGGUGGAGGCCUAUUACCGCAACGACUGGCAAGGGGUGAUCAUCAACAUGGAGCGGGCACUGAAGAACCAAAUGGCCCUGCGCCGGACUAAGAUCCAUUGCUGGACCCACUGCAACAACAAGACGAGGUUUGCCAUCUCCAGCAGUGGCCAGGAAUUCUUCUUCGACACAAACUUCUUCAAUACGGUGCUGAGGAAGGCCGAUUGCCUGAAGGAGUGUGAGGAAGACAAACUCGGGCCCUACUCCAUGCAUCAGAUCUCCGAGGAGCUUCUGAUUGAGUUCCAGAAGAGGACUCCCUACAACUACCUACAAAUGGCUUAUUUCAAGAUUAAGAAACUGGACAAGGCUGUGGCUGCAGCUCACACCUUUUAUGUGGUGAACCCAGAACACCUGGAGAUGAGGCAGAAUCUGGAGUAUUACAAGAUGAUGGCCGGCGUGAAGGAUUCAGACUUUAAGGAUCUGGAAGCCAAACCCCACAUGGAAGCUUUCCGCACAGGGGUUCGACUUUACACGGAUGAGCAGUUUGAGCCAGCAAUCGAGUAUUUAGAAAAUGCAUUGGUGGAAUACUUCAAGGCAGACAUGGAGUGUCGUGCUCUCUGCGAGGGUCCAUACAACUUUGAUGGCUACAGUUACAUGGACUACAAUGCAGACCUGUUCCAGGCUAUAACAGAUCAUUAUAUUCAGGUGCUGAACUGCAAACAGAAUUGUGUGAUAGAGCUGGCAAGUCGGCCUGACAGAGAAACGCCCAUUGAUGACUUCCUCCCCGCCCAUUUUGACUACCUUCAAUUCGCUUAUUACAACUCUGAAAACUAUUCCAAGGCCAUCGAAUGUGCCAAAACCUAUUUGCUUUUCCAUCCGAAUGAUGAAGUAAUGAUCCAGAACUUACAGUAUUACGAGGCAGUAUUGGGAGAAGAACAGGCCAAACCUGUCAGUCACAGAGAGUAUAUCCAGAGAUAUAUCAACAACUCACUGCUGGAGAAGGAGCUGCUAUACUUUGCCAACGAAAUCUUUGGAGUCACCUUUAUAGACCCGGACAAGUGGACCCCAGAGGAUGUGAUGCCUGUUAAACUCAAAGAGAAGCAAAAGGCAGAGCGAGAGACUGCGGCUCGGAUCAGCGAAGAAAUUGGAAACCUGAUGAAAGAGAUUGAGCACCUGGUCGAUGAGAAAACCAAGGAAUCCUCUGAGAUUGUGAAGAUGGUGAGAGAGGGGGGCCCCUUGCUAUACAAUGAAGUCAAGGUUUUCAUGAAUGCGAAGCAUUUGAAUGGAACCCAGAGGGUGGCGCUCGAUGGUGUGAUCACGGACAAGGAAUGUGAGGAACUGCGCUAUCUAUCCAAUGCAGCUGCUUCAACAGGUGAUGGUUACCAAGGGAAACCCUCUCCUCAUACUCCAAAUGAGCGAUUCCAGGGAGUGACAGUCCUCAAAGCAUUAAAGCUCAGUCAGCAAGGCAGGAUCCCACUUAAAACAUCAAAGUUGUUUUACGACGUCAGUGAGAAAACCCGCCGGAUCCUUGAGUCUUACUUCCGAUUGGAAAAUCCGCUCCACUUCUCCUACACACACCUUGUCUGUCGGACUGCAGUGGAAGGAACCCAGGACAACCGGGAUGAUCUGAGCCACUCAGUCCAUGUUGACAACUGCAUAUUAAACUCAGAGGCAUUGGAAUGUCGGAAAGAGCAUCCGGCCUACACUGAGCGGGAUUACAGCGCCAUUCUUUACUUAAACCACGAUUUUGAAGGUGGAGACUUCAUAUUCACGGAAAUUGAUGCAAAAGCUAUUACAGCGACAGUGAAACCGAGGUGUGGCCGGGUGGUGGGCUUCUCCUCGGGGGCUGAGAAUCCGCACGGAGUGCAGGCUGUGACCAAAGGGCAGCGAUGUGCUGUGGCACUCUGGUUCACUCUGGACCCGCGGCACAAGGAACGGGAAAGGAUUGCAGCUGAUGAUUUGGUAAAGAUGCUGUUCGGGGCAGAGGAGGAGCUGCUGCACGACGAAGAGGUUAUCAGCAGACCUGGCCCUGACGAUCACAAGCCAACAGCGGCCUCGGCCACCGAGCCCACCAGCGAGCCACACACCCAGGAGGCGGCGGAACCUGACGCAGGAGUCCCAUUGGAACAGGCCGAGGCGGAGGGUCAAAAGACAGGAAGUGACGGAAUCCCCGUGUCUGACUCCUCCACGAUAAACACAUCAGACUCCUCCCAGGAGACAACACCUCCUGUUUUCGAACAAAAGGGCUCAGCAGCUCAGAACAUGCCCCCUGAAAAGCAGGAACUGUAAUACUAUUUAUAAAUGCAUAUAAUGGGGCUGCACCGUUCAGUUCAGUCUGAUAUAAAGCCCCUUGUUUUGCUCUU